AUGGCUUCAACCCAAUCUGCAGGCUUCCCUUUCCUCAUCCCCUUUCUCUUCAUCUCAUCAUCACCCAAAAUUCAUCCCAAUUCUUCUUCAAACCCACCACCUUCUCUUCUGAUUCUGGCUUUAGUUUCCACUGUUCUUGGUUUGCUCUUAGCAGCAACUGAUAUUUUCUAUUCACUUGCCUUAGAUUAUCUCCCUGCCUCUACUUAUUCCCUUCUUAACUCAUCCCAAUUAGCCUUCACUGCCCUUUUCUCUUUUCUCCUUAAUGCCCAAAGCUUCACCCCUUACAUAAUCAACGCCGUUAUACUUCUCACUUUCUCCCCUAUGCUCCUAAUCUUCAGCCAGGAAACGACAUCGUCCGAGGUAGCCUCUAAGGAUGAUUAUAUGUUGGGGGUUUUGUUCACAAUCGCCGCCUCUGCUUGCCCUGCCCUCCUCUUCUCCCUAACCCAACUCGUAUUCGAGAAGAUCAUCAAAAGGGAGACCCUUAAAGACACGGUGAUGCUCACUGUUUCACAGUCUUUUGUGGCCACGGUUGUGACUCUGGUGGGGCUGUUUGCCAGUGGGGAGUGGAAGGGUCUGAGGAGAGAAAUGGAGGGUUAUAAGCAAGGGGUGUUGGCCUAUAAUCUGGACUUGUUUUUCAGUGCUGUGGCUUGCCAGGCUUACUUUGUUGGCUCUUUUACCUUGACUUUUAAGGUUUCGUCUUUGUUUUCCAACGUUGUUAUAAGAUUGGCCACUCCUCUGACUCCAUUGCUGUCGAUGUUGUUGUUGCAUGAAGAGAUGAGUGGGUUGAAGGUGAUGUCGUUGCUGUUGUCUGUCUGGGGAUUUGCUUCUUAUAUUUAUCAGCAAUAUCUUGAUGAUUUGGAGGCUGCAAGUAAGUGUACACAAAAGAUAUCAGAUAUCUAA